AUGGCGUCCCAUGAAACCACGAGAUUGACGUGCGAGAGGCUUUACCCAAACGCAAAGCUAAGCUCCGAGCGAAUCGUGCCACUGUCUUUAUUGGACGCCACCUCUGUGGGCUACUCCGCGACUUGCGCGGCCUGGCUUUUUGAGCGUCCUGCACGUGAACAUCAACUCGAUUUGGUGGACCAUCUUCGUCAAACCCUUAUCAUCACUUUGGACGCUUAUCCUCAAUGGUGCGGGCAGCUGAAGGCAGUUACCACAGUCAACAACAGCUCAGAUCGCGGUCGUCAUCAAGCGUCUCACACCCAACGAUUCGGUCGCGUGUCUGUUCAUUAUGGCACUCGUGAUGACCCCGGCGUGGUGUUCAUCACUGCACAGUCCACGACGACUUUAGAUAAGCUCCACCCUGCCUUGCGGACAUCCACGCAGCCCUUGUGGGAUCGGAACACUACACAUCUGACCGAGCAUAUUCCCUCUACGCAACUCGCUAAUCCACUCAGCAAAGCUGCCAUACACGAUAGAAGCGCCUGUCUGCCCACGCUAGCUAUCCAGCUCACUCAGCUCGCUUGCGGAGGCUUCGUCCUAGCAGUGAAGAUCGCACAUCCGCUGGCGGAUGCACAAACUUUGGUACAAUUUGCCAAGGACUGGGGCAGCAUUAGCCGUGCGAUACUGCGCAAGGAUCCUCUACCUAUCUUGACUCCGGUCUUCCGACCGGACCAGGUCGACGCUUUGGCUGCGGGAGACAUCAACCGGGAUGCGCCAGAUGAGGCAAUCAUUUUACAAACCGAGGACCUGCCAAUUCAUCGCUAUGACUGGUGGAAUCCAGAGCCUGGAUCUUCCCGGCCAUCCGACGUUCCUGAAGCAUUUCAGCGCGAGAAGAUCAUCCCGGCAGGCAAACACAUCCCCUGGUCCGAAUGGGACCGGGAGUCGCCCGUAUCCCACUACGUCGUACAUCUCACCCGACACCAGGUGGAGAUCAUCUUCGAGCAAUUGAGGGACUCUAGCGAUAGUCAACUCACUCGGCAUGAUGCCGUUUUGGCGCACCUCUGGUCGUGUAUCAACCGCGCGCGGCAGAUGCACGACGACAACGGACCGGUGCACUGUGAUCUCGCAUGUGGACUCCGGUCGGUGUUUCAUCUGAGCGACGCUUUCCUGGGGUCACCCAUCCUGAUGGUGAACGUGGAGAUGACCGGGAAAGAAGCGACGAUGACAGCCGCCGCCGCCGCUGGUGGGCAGGAGAUGCUUCCUCUCGGGCGCAUUGCGCAGCGCAUCCGCGAGACCAUCACGCGUAUCAAUGACCCAGCAGGCCUGGGAGCUUAUCUACACCGGCUGGCGUAUGAGAAGUCUCCGCAGCGUAUCUGGAUGGGGUUCCUGGGUCAACGGCAUAUGAUGGUCACGACUUGGGCACGUGCCGGCCUGUAUGAGGUGGACUUCGGACUGGGACGGGGUGCAGAAAGGAUAAUUCGCUACGCUGAAGGUGUCCUUGAGAAUCUGGAUGGGCUUGUCUUGGUCAAAGAGGCACCGCCAGCUCGGGAUUCGGAGAUCGCAGAUCCACCGUCGACGAGUGGUUGGACACAGCACGGGGUGGACAUCUCCGUCCAUCUUCGGACGGAGGAUAUGGAGCGGUUUCUUCGGGACCCAUUGCUGUUUCCAGGACCGAAGAGGGGUGGCACUUAGUGCAAUUUAGCAGAGAUGGGUGAUCACUGUUCCAACCCAUGUACAGUACUCGUAGAGGCAUCGAACCUCAUUAACCGGCUGUAAUUGCGCGCAGCAUUGUUGACAAACACGCCUGGCUGUUCAAAAAUGAAAACUUG